AUGGUCCUUUCUAGAGUUGUAUUAUUACUCUCGUUGUUGAGCACCGAACUGGUGUUCGGGAUGCUACCAAUCCAUAUCAAAGGAUACAGGUUCAUUAAGCCCGCUUCACCUGAUAAUGAACCCUCGAGCAAUAAGGUUUUUUAUGUUAAAGGUCUUGAUUACCAGCCAGGUGGGUCAUCUGGAUACAAUCCGGAGUCUGACGAGGAUGUUUUGACAGACGAGGGGAAAUGUGCUCGUGAUGUGGCAGUAUUCCAGCAGAUUGGUAUCAAUACUAUCAGAAUAUACUCUCUGAACCCCGACUUGAAUCAUGACAAGUGUAUGACUAUUUUGAACAAUGCGGGGAUCUAUGUGAUCUUGGAUGUAAACAGCGGUAAUUAUGGUGAACACUUGAAUAGAGCGGAUCCAGAAGGUUCGUACAACGCUCAAUACUUGAGCCGUGUUUUUAAAUUUAUCGAUGCCUUCAAGAACUAUCCCAAUGUGCUGGGCUUCUUUGCUGGUAAUGAGGUUAUCAACGAUCAAGAAAACUAUGAAACGACGACACCUCCUUACAUCAGAGCGUUGCAGAGAGAUAUGAAGCAAUACAUUGCCAAACAUGCAGACAGGCAUAUUCCUGUAGGCUACUCUGCUGCGGAUAUCGAGGAACUCCGUAUACCAACUUUGGAGUAUUUGCAAUGCAACUCGUUAAGUGGCAGCACCGUUGACUCAAAGUUGGAAGAAUCGAAAUCUGACUUUUUUGGGUUGAAUACCUAUGAGUGGUGUUCUGGUUCGACGUGGACUCAAUCUGGAUAUGACAAGUUGAACAGUUCUCUUUCAGACCCGGGCAUUCCAUUAAUAUUUUCCGAAUAUGGUUGUAAUACUCGUACACCAAGAACUUUCGAGGAGGUUUCUGAUGGACUAUACGCUGGUUUAACUGAUUUGUCGGGUGGCUUGGUCUAUGAAUAUUCCAAUGAACAGAAUAAUUAUGGUUUAGUGGAUGUUGAUACUUCAGGGAAUAUCAAGUUCCGUGAUGAUUUAGUUAACCUCAAGAACCAGUACAAUAAAUUAUCUCUACCAGAUAUUACUGAAGAGGAUGUGCAAAACAUCACUGCGGUGGAAUGUUCAGCAUCCAAAAUUUCCUCUGUAUCCUCUAACUUUGGUACCAAGAAUUUUACCAUCCCAGCCCAACCUAGUGAAAUUGAAAGUUUAAUAAACGAAGGUGCGAAGGGGAGUAAUACAGGUUCGAUUUUGUCUGAUUAUACUGCCCCUACCUCUGCAAGCUACACUAUUUUAGACACUGAUGGUAACAAGGUGGACGCUACUAUCACUUAUGAUUCUGCGAACUUCCAAAACAAACUAGGAACAUCUGUUUCAAUCACUAUCAACACCUCUUCUGCCUCUUCGACCAAGUCAACCUCAAGUUCGGCAGCUUCAUCUACUGGUUCGUCGAAGAAUGAAGCUGUUGUUGGGGUUCCAGUUUAUGGUGGAUUUACAGCCGGCUUAAUUGCUCUUAUCGCAAGUUUGUUGUGA